CCGGGCGGGCUCCCCGCCGGCGGCGCCUGCGCACGGCGGGCCCGCUGCCGGUUGGUGCCGGCGCUCCGCAGUGGGGGAGCGGCGGGCGCGGAGCCGCGGCCGGUCCCAGCCCCAGCGCCAGCGGAGCACCGGGCGCAGCCAUGUCUGUGGUCGGCAUCGACCUCGGCUUCCUCAACUGCUACAUCGGCGUGGCGAGGAGCGGCGGCAUCGAGACCAUCGCCAACGAGUACAGCGACCGCUGCACGCCAGCAUGUAUAUCUUUAGGAUCCAAGACCCGAGCCAUUGGGAAUGCAGCAAAGAGCCAGAUUGUCACAAACGUAAAAAAUGCAGUACAUGGCUUCAAGAAACUGCAUGGAAGAGCAUUUGAAGAUCCUUACAUACAAGCUGAGAGGGCCAAACUUCCCUAUGAACUUCAGAAGAUGCCAAAUGGUUCGGUAGGAGUAAAGGUGAGGUACCUGGAUGAAGAGAGGCUGUUUGCAGUGGAACAGAUCACAGGAAUGCUGCUGGCCAAACUGAAGGAGACUUCCGAAAGUGCUUUGAAGAAACCAGUGGCUGACUGUGUGAUUUCAGUCCCUAGUUUCUUCACUGAUGCUGAAAGAAGGUCUGUAAUGGCAGCUGCACAGAUUGCAGGAUUAAAUUGUCUGAAGCUGAUGAAUGAAACUACAGCAGUUGCAUUAGCCUAUGGAAUAUACAAGCAAGAUCUGCCAGCCUUGGAAGAGAAGCCAAGAAAUGUGGUCUUUGUAGAUAUGGGGCAUUCUGCAUAUCAGGUUUCCAUCUGUGCUUUUAACAAGGGAAAACUGAAGGUCUUGGCCACUACCUUUGACCCUUUCGUAGGUGGUAGGAAUUUUGAUGAGGCUUUGGUAGAUUAUUUCUCCGAAGAAUUUAGGACAAAAUACAAACUGAAUGUAAAAGAGAAUCCCCGAGCACUGCUGCGAUUGUAUCAGGAAUGUGAAAAGCUCAAGAAGCUGAUGAGUGCGAACGCAUCUGACCUUCCACUCAAUAUCGAGUGCUUCAUGAAUGACCUGGAUGUCUCCAGUAAGAUGAACAGAGCUCAGUUUGAGCAGUUGUGCGCUGCCCUUCUGGCCAGAGUGGAGCCUCCUCUAAGAGCAGCCAUGGAUCAAGCCAAGCUGCAGCGUGAAGAUAUCUACAGUAUAGAAAUAGUAGGUGGGGCUACUAGAAUUCCAGCAGUGAAGGAACAGAUCUCUAACUUUUUCUGUAAAGAGAUAAGCACCACGCUAAAUGCUGACGAAGCUGUUGCAAGAGGCUGUGCCUUGCAGUGUGCAAUUCUUUCUCCAGCUUUUAAAGUGCGUGAGUUUUCCAUCACAGAUGUUGUUCCUUACUCUAUAACAUUGAGAUGGAAAUCAUCUUAUGAGGAAGGAACAGGGGAGUGUGAAGUCUUCAGUAAGAACCAUGCUGCUCCAUUCUCAAAAGUAAUUACUUUCCACAAGAAAGAGCCUUUUGACUUGGAAGCUUAUUAUACCCAUCCACAUGAAGUGCCUUAUCCUGAUUCCAGAAUAGGGCGUUUCACUAUUCAGAACGUUGGUCCCCAGCACGACGGCGACAACUCCAAGGUGAAGGUGAAAGUGCGGGUCAACAUCCACGGGCUGUUCAGCGUGGCCAACGCGUCCAUCAUAGAGAAGCAGAGCAUCGAGGGGGAUCACAAUGACACCCCCAUGGACACCGAGUCAGCAAGUAAGAACCAAGGCAGAGAUGAGGAGCUGUUAUGUAACUCUCUGCAGGAUAAAAUGCAGGUUGAUCAAGAAGAAGGUGUGCCGAAAAGUCAAGCUGAACAACAGAACCAAGCAGAUGAGGAAAGUGAAAAUGCUGGAACUGAAACAAAGGCUUCUUCUGGAGAAAAGCAAGAUCAUCCCUCCCAGCCAAAAGCUAAAACAAAGGUUAAGAGUAUUGACCUCCCUAUACAGGCGAGCCUCUAUAGGCAGCUGGGACAAGAUCUGAUCAAUUCCUAUAUAGAAAAUGAGGGGAAGAUGAUGAUGCAAGACAAGCUUGAGAAAGAACGAAAUGAUGCUAAGAAUGCUGUUGAAGAAUAUGUGUAUGAAUUCAGAGACAAACUGUGUGGAGUCUUUGAGAAAUUUAUCACUGAAGAGGAUUCAAACAAGCUGACCUUGAUGUUGGAGGACACUGAAAACUGGCUUUAUGAAGAUGGAGAGGACCAGCCAAAACAAGUAUACAUGGAUAAGCUUCAGGAAUUAAAGAAAUUUGGACAGCCUAUCCAGGAAAGGUGCAUGGAACAUGAAGAGAGACCAAAAGUUCUAAAUGAACUGGGAAAGAAGAUUCAGCUCCUUAUGAAAGCAGUAGAAGCAUACAAAAAUAAGGAUGAAAAAUACGACCAUCUAGAUCCUGCUGAGAUGGAGAAAGUUGAAAAAUACAUUAAUGAGGCUAUGAAUUGGUUGAACAGCAAAAUGAAUGCCCAGAAUAAACUCAGUCUAACUCAGGAUCCAGUUGUCAAAGUGGCAGAAAUACUAGCAAAAUCUAAGGAAUUGGAUAGCUUCUGUAAUCCCAUUCUAUCCAAGCCCAAGCCGAAGAUAGAACCUCCCAGUGACGGGCAGCCCAAAGCUAACGGGGAGCACAACGGGCCAGUGAACGGACAGAGCGCUGCUGAAACAAAACCCGAACCAGCAAAGGACAACCCGCAGCAGACCAAACCCCCCGGAGAAAUGGAAGUGGACUAAGACCUUGCAUUUCUUUUACUUCAUUAAAAUAGUGCAAGUAACCACAGGGUCCAUUCUUUUUGUCUGGUACACACCUCAGAUGUUCAGUUACUCUUAGCCAAAUUUCUGUCAUUUGUUGCUGAGUAGUUUUGAAAGUGUUUUAUAUUAAGUACACCUCUGAUGUUCAUUUCCACUGAUGCUGCUUAUGUGGAGCUUUAGCCAAAUGUAGAUUGUAUAAGUCAGUUGAAGCUUUCCCAAUAUAUUUUAUAUCAAACAUACAGAAUUGAUAUAUAAAUGGCAACAAUCUACCUUAUUUAAAGCUUUUAUUGUGGAUAAACCUCAGCUCCUUUAUUCAGGAAAGGAUACUGUAUUGCACUACUGAUGCUCAAGUGUAGAUCUAAUCGCAUCUUUAUUUUGGAAAAAUAUUGGAAUUGAAGUGGCAAAAGCUGUCACUUGAAGCACUGACCUUUUCUAGUUAUUGUAUUGUUAUAAUUUAAAUAUUAAAAUAGAGGUUAGUUGGCA